GCGAGCUCCGAAUCAUCUUCUCCUCAUCCUCUCUCUCUCUCUCUCCGCCGUGGCGCAAACCACCGAGGCUUCGAUUGGGGAGCUUUUUAGGGUUUCGAGAGGCUCUAUUUCGGUUCUUUUGAUCUCUGGGAGGUGUUUCGGUUGAGGGAUUUGAUCUGGUGGUGUUGAGGAAGGAGCGAUGAGAAGGCGGAUGGCGAGAGUGCAGGAUCUGAUCGAGGAGUUCAAGGUCCGGACCGUCUAUUGGGCCAUCUGCAUCUUCGCCAUCUCUUACUUCUUGUCCCAUACGAGUAAAUCAAUGUGGACAAAUAUCCCCUUAUCGAUUCUCAUUCUUUCUGCAUUUCGUUAUCUAUCAUAUGAGGUGGAGCUUCGGUGGAAAGUGCAGCCCAACCAGAGACAAACAUACUUAUCUCACUUGGAAAAGAAGCAGAUAUCUAUAAAUGAUUCCCGUCUUUCUACUGCGCCGACAACAAAAUGGAGAAGAAAGAUUGACUCACCCCUUGUGGAGGCUGCCAUAAAUGAUUUUAUCAACAAGAUUUUGCAGGACUUUGUUUUAGAUCUAUGGUAUUCAUCUAUCACACCUGAUAAGGAGGCCCCAGAACUUAUCCGCACAAUAAUUUUUGAUGCCCUUGGUGAGGUUUCAGGAAGGGUUAAAGAGAUCAACCUUGUUGACUUGUUAACAAGGGAUAUUAUUGACUUAGUCGGCAAUCAUCUAGACCUUUACCGGAAAAAUCAGUCAGAAAUAGGCGCAGAUGUCAUGGGAAGACUGUCUUCUGAAGAAAGGGAUGUAAGAUUGAAGCGCCAUCUAAUGGCUGCUAAGGAACUUCACCCUGCUUUGAUAUCUCCAGAGUGUGAAUACAAGGUUCUUCAACGGUUAAUGGGAGGGCUUUUAGCUGUUGUCCUGAAACCACGGGAGGCUCAAUGCCCUCUAGUUCGUUGCUUCAGUCGAGAAUUUUUGACCUGCUUGGUUAUGCAGCCUGUGAUGAAUUUUGCCAGCCCCGGGUAUGUCAAUGAAAUAAUUGAGUAUAUUCUCCUUAACAUUAAAGACACCAAACCAGAAGGAAGUACCAACAACUCCAGUAAUGCAACUGGUUCUGUUAAAGAUUCUUCAGUUAAUAUAGGAAAUCCUCAUCCUGAACCAGAGUUGGAUAUGACUAUCACUUCCCAUCAGUCAGGUGAUACAGCAUUGGCUAAGAAGGAUGUGAAUGCGACACUUAAGACUUCUGAAGAUAUUCAUCCAUACACAUCACACGAAGAUUCUGCUCAUCAUGCACAGCCUCGGCCUGCUGAGUGGGCCAUGAUGUUAGAUGCUGCAACAAAAAGAAGAUCUCAAGUCCUUGCUCCUGAAAAUCUUGAGAACAUGUGGACUAAAGGAAGAAACUAUAAGAAAAAGAGUGCCAACCUUGUAAAAGCGGAUACACCAUCUUUACCUGUGAAGACAAUUUCGGAAAUUUCAAACAUCAGUUCAUAUGCAGGAAUCACAGCGAAGGAGAUGUUAGAGGUGAAUGAGAGGACUGCAGUCAUAGAGGAUAAGUAUGUGGUUCAUUUAAUGCAUGGAUCCAGUCAAAGUUCAGGGUCGUCCAUAGCAACAGACAAGGCUUCACGUGUUUCUGAAUAUCUGGUCAGGGAGCAGCCUACCCAGGGAGGUCAUCUUGGUGAUGGGUGUGAAGAAACAGACAUGAAAUCUGCCAAAAGCAACAAUAGCCAACUCAAACGAUCAAGCAGCAGUCCUGAUAUUGAUACAUUGAUCAUGGGUAACAGUGGUGAGCCACUGUGUAUCAAAGACUUCUACAGCCCCAAGUUUAGUAGCCUUAAAACUGAUGCAAGAGCAACGCCUACCCAUGGUGAAGGAUUGUCACGUGUGCCUAAAAUCAAGUGCAGGGUUGUUGGGGCAUAUUUUGAGAAUACUGGAUCAAAAUCUUUUGCAGUAUAUGCAAUUGCUGUAACUGAUGCGGAGAACAAGACCUGGUUUGUUAAAAGAAGAUAUCGAAAUUUUGAACGACUCCACCGGCAUCUUAAGGAUAUACCUAACUACUCCCUACAUUUGCCCCCAAAAAGGUUCCUUUCAUCCAGCAUUGAUGAUUAUUUUGUUCACCAGCGAUGCAUUCUGCUUGACAAGUAUUUACAAGAUCUUCUUUCAAUUGGCAAUGUUGCAGAGCAACAUGAAGUAUGGGAUUUUCUUAGUGCUUCUUCAAAGAAUUAUUCUCAUGGAAAAUCCACAUCUGUGAUGAAAACUUUAGCAGUCAAUGUUGAUGAUGCCAUGGAUGAUAUUGUUCGUCAAUUUAAAGGUGUUUCAGAUGGUCUUCGUCGUAGAGUUGUUGGUUCUCCAUUAUCCAAUAUAACAUCUUCUCCAAUAGCUGAGAAGACCUUGACACUAUCUUGGAAUGAGGAGGAUAUAAAGGGACGUAGUCCUAGCAGCAGUAAUGUUGGAACUUCACAUAGUCUGUCUGAUGAUGAGGUCCCAAACGAAGGCCUCCCUUCUGCGAUAACUGGAUGGCACUCAGACAACGAAUUGAAGUCGAAAAGUUUUCCACCUCGAAUUGUUAAACAAGGGGAAAAAUCAGUAAACUUGGGUCUUCAGAGAGGUCAUCAAUCAGAUAAAUUUGACAGUGCUGCUUUGAAUAAGUUUUUAUCAACCAGGUCUUCUGAAGUUUCUGACCUUUUUGAUGAUCUAGAUGGGAUCCCCCCUGAGUGGACACCCCCCAAUGUAAGUGUGCCACUCCUGAAUCUAGUGGAUAAAGUAUUUCUACUUAAUCGACGAGGUUGGUUAAGAAGACAGGUCUUUUGGAUGUCAAAACAAAUUUUGCAGUUGAUGAUGGAGGAUGCAAUUGAUGACUGGAUUUUAAGGCAGAUCAAUCUCCUUAGGAGUGAAGAAAUUAUUGCUCAAGGGAUUCGAUGGGUCCAAAAUGUUCUAUGGCCAAAUGGUACAUUCUUUAUAAAGCUGGAGAGUGGUCAAGCAAAAUCAGGUGAUGUUCACCUUGGUCAAAAAGGAGUCCCAACUUCAAGUAAGAGAUCUGGUGUUGGUGCAACUGGAUCAAGCUCUUUCGAGGCCCAGCUUGAGGCUGCACGCAGAGCAAGUGAUGUGAAGAAAAUGAUUCUUGGUGGAGCUCCAACGACGUUAGUCAGCUUAAUUGGUCACAAACAAUACCGCCGUUCCGCCAAAGACGUCUACUUCUUUCUUCAGUCAUCCAUCUGCCUAAAACAACUUGCGUAUUCCAUGCUCGAGCUGGUACUUCUCUCGUUGUUCCCAGAGCUCCGCGACCUAGUCACAGAUAUACACAACAAAGCACAAUAUCAACAACCCUUGUAACAAAAAUUUUUCGUAUUUCAGAAUAUCAUUUUGAGUUCUUGGCAUGUCACCACAGACGGCCGCAGAUAACCAGUUGAAACCUCUCUCCGUCAUUUUCAUCUUUGUGAGUCACGGUAGGUGUCGGUGAUCGACUGUCUUAAAUCUCUUAAAUAGUUUGAAAAUAGCAAAGAAGAAAGGUUGGCUUGUAUUUCUCUUUUAAGUUGUACAGUUGUGAGUUAAAAUCAUGUAUAUUUUCUGUUUGUGGUUACACUAUGAAUACAUACAAGCUCAUGUUUACAUGCGCUAUGUAUGAUAAUCUUUUUUUGUAUUUAUUCAAUGGUUAGAAAUUGUCAGAUAAUCUUUUUUUGUAUUUAUUCAAUGGUUAGAAAUUGUACCGAAUUUAUUUAUGAAAUUCAUGAUUUUUUUUUAUA